AUGUCGACAGAAAAGUCUCCGAGUGGUGAACAGUCCACCGAAACUGAACGACAAGGUACAGCAGGUACCGUCGGCGAAUUAGCAACACAGAAUCAAACAGGAGGUACUGCUGGACAGACUGGCAGUGGAACAGGUACUGCCGGACAAAUUUUACCAACUGCAACCGCUCAAAGCAGUAUGUCAGCAACAUCAAGUACGGGUGGUGCUGGACAACCAACGUGA